GCUAUGUUGUUCCGUGAAAGGUGGACAAUCGAAGACGUGGAAGAAUCAGUAACGGAAAAGCUUGAUGAUGUUGUCCGUGGUUCCUCGAAAGCAGGCGAGCAUCCCGUCCGAACCCAUUCGCCUUCCAUAUUCUCAAAAUCAUACAACAACGAGGACUAUGGCCCUGCGUUUGUCUUCCCGCAUCCUAUUAUCUGCAGUCGCAGACGAGAAAGAACUGCUGAGAAUACCGUUCAGAGGUUCUAGUGCAUUAUCAACUGGCAGAAACGGGACAUUUCUCAGCAGAAUGGAACAUGCAGUUCCUUGUCGUUUAUCUUUUAAGUAUGUGCAAAUGAAGUCACAUAUUAAGUUUCCCCAAGUUUCAUCAGGAAGCACAGCUGAUGCUCCUUCAAGAGACAAGAAGACUGUUCCAUAUUCAGACCCUCCAAGUAGAGAUGAUAUCAUGCGUUUGUAUGAAUUGUUCGAUAGGAGUAAGAAGCUUGUUGUUUUGACCGGAGCAGGAAUAAGCACUGAGAGUGGGAUUCCUGAUUAUAGAAGCCCAAAUGGAGCAUAUAACACAGGUUUCAAACCAAUUACACACCAGGUGAUCUAAAGGAAUUUAUCCGCUCAGUUAAGGCACAGAGACGUUAUUGGGCAAGAAGCUAUGCUGGAUGGCGGCGGUUCACAGCUGCACAUCCUAGUGCUGCUCAUAUUGCCUUAGCUUCUCUUGAAAGAGCAGGCCAGAUUAGUUAUAUGAUAACACAGAAUGUGGACAGGUAAGUCUGGUCUGCAUAUACAUAAUAGGGGACCAAUGAGACUACUUUCUUAAAUUUCUGUUUCAGGCUGCAUCAUCGUGCUGGCAGCAACCCACUUGAAUUGCAUGGUACUGUAUAUACUGUUAUUUGUAUUGAAUGUGGUUUUACUCUAGCUCGUGAACUAUUUCAGGAUCAAUUGAAGGCUCUUAAUCCCAAGUGGGCAGAGGCAAUUGAAAGUUUGGAGUACGACAGCCGAGCAGACAGGAGUUUUGGAAUGAAACAAAGGCCUGAUGGAGAUAUUGAGAUUGAUGAAAAAUUCUGGGAGGAGGAUUUCGAUAUCCCCGUCUGUCCAAAAUGCAAUGGGUUGCUAAAACCCAAUGUAGUCUUUUUUGGAGAUAAUGUCCCCAAAGGGAGAGCGGAUUCUGCAAUGUUGGCUGCCAAAGAAUGUGAUGCUUUUGUUGCACUUGGUUCUUCUUUAAUGACCAUGUCCGCAUUCCGACUUAUUAGAACUGCACACAAGGUUGGUGCAGCCACUGCGAUUGUGAAUAUUGGUGAAACAAGAGCUGAUGAUUUUGUACCUCUAAAAAUCAAUGCCAGACUUGGAGAGAUACUUCCGAGAUUGCUUGACUUUGGAUGCCUUGUUAUCCCUGCCGUUUAAUAAAAGUUCUCUGAAUGGGACAUAUUCAUAUUCUUCAAAGCUGGGCAGGGUUUUUGGUGUCUUUUGUACAAGUCGUCAUCUUCUUCUGUUUCUUUCCUUUCGGAUCCUUGAUGUAAUUGUAUGGCCAUUGGUAUUGAAAAUAAAACUCGUUUUUCCUCUUGUGUACACUCUUAAACAUAAGGCUGGUGUGGGCAGUGUGGCGUAAUUCCCAUCAGUUCUUGUAUGGUUGCCAUCCUGUCAUAAUUCCUUUUGGUGUGGC